CUCCUCGGUCCUGCAGGGUCACUGUGAGUCCGAGUCAACUAGAUGGCAGUGGGUUUGUUUUCUGUUGUUGUGGUACACAUUUAUAUCAUGAUUUUCUUGUACAUUUUUUUUUCCUGGAGUUUCUAAUUGAUUUUUUUUUUUCUUAUGAUGGGCUGGGGGAAAUAGUUUGCUUACUUGGGAUUCAUUGUUAGUGUUCCCUCUCAUCAAAAUUCAUUGAAAGUAUUUAUAUGUUAUUCCUGGUCAGUAAUGAGAUUUUACAUAUUUCAUCUUUGAAAAUGUCUCUUCACCUAGAUACUGUGGCAGGCCGAAUAGUGGCUCCCCAAAGAUGUCCAUAUCCUAAUCCCCGGAACCUGUGAAUAUGUUACCUUUUAUGGCAGAAAGGACUUUGUAGAUGCCAUUUAGCUAAGAAUUCUAUGAUGGGGGCAUUAUUCGGGAUUAUCCAGUGGACAGAAGACUGCAGAAGAUCGAUGUAUCCCCCUUCUGGACCAACCUAUAGGGGUCCAGUUCCUUGGUACACCGUAAACCUUGAUUUACCGCCCUACAAAAGAUGGCAUGAGCUGAUGGCUGACAAGGCACCAGCGCUAAGGAUUAUAGUGAAUUCCCUGAAAAAUCUAGUAAAUGCAUUUGUGCCCAGUGGAAAAGUUAUGCAAAUAGUGGAUCAAAAGUUGCCUGGUCUCCUUGGCCCUCUUCCUAGCCCGUUUGAAGAGGAAAUGAAAGGAAUUGCAGCUGUUACUGAAAUACCUUUAGGCGAGAUUAUUUUAUUCAAUAUUUUCUAUGAAUUUUUUACCAUUUGUACUUCAAUAGUAACAGAAGACAAAGAAGGUCAUCUACUACAUGGCAGAAACAUGGAUUUUGGAGUAUUUCUUGGGUGGAAUAUAAAUAAUAAUUCCUGGGUCAUAACUGAAGAACUCAAGCCUUUAACAGUGAAUUUGGACUUCCAGAGAAACAAUAAAACUGUCUUCAAGGCUACAGGUUUUGCUGGCUACGUGGGCAUGUUAACAGGAUUCAGACCAGGACUGUUCAGUCUUACCAUCAAUGAACGUUUCGCUAUGAAUGGCGGUUAUAUGGGUGUCCUGGAGUGGAUUCUGGGGAAGAAAGAUGCCACGUGGAUAGGGUUUCUCACUAGAUCGGUUUUGGAAAAUAGCACAAGUUAUGAAGAAACCAAGAAUAUACUGACCAAAACCAAGAUACUGGCCCCAGCAUACUUUAUCCUGGGAGGCAACCAAUCUGGGGAGGGUUGUGUGAUUACAAGAGACAGAAAAGUAUCUUUGGAUGUAUAUGAACUCAACCCUAAACAGGGUAGGUGGUAUGUGAUACAGACAAAUUAUGACCGUUGGAGAAAUCCCUUCUUCCUUGACGAUCGUAGAACAACUACAAAGAUAUGUCUGAACCAGACAACCCAAGAGAAAAUUUCACUUCCAACCAUAUAUGAUGUCCUGUCAACAAAACCUGUUCUCAACAAGCUGACUAUAUUCACGGCCUUGAUGGAUGUCACCAGAGGUCAAUUUGAAACUUACCUGCGGGAUUGCCCGGACCCUUGUAUAGGUUGGUGAGCGUCUGGCCUCCCGGGUGCGCUGUGACAUGAAGAUCUGAUCUGACACUGGCCGACAGCGCAGCCAGCGGAUCUUCUCCUUCCAGAGACUCCUAAGACUCAGAGCAGCUUCUCUCUGAGGCAUGAGCGUGUCCUCAAUGUGUUUACAGGUCAUAGGCUGUUUGGGCCAUGAUUGUUGAUUGUCCUUACUUAGAGAUGGCAUCUUUAAGUGAAGUACAGCAAUCAUCUAGAAUUAAUUUCGGACUUUCAUUUCACUCUGACAUUAUUGGAAGGUUGGGGAUGGUGCUUAGACUGUUGUGGGGCCCUUUUCUACUGAAUAAAAUGAUAGCCCCUGUGAUCAUUUAAUAUAGUACAUCUGUGUGAGAAAAAGCAAAUAGCCCACACUGAUGGUUUUUUAAUUCUGUCUACAUAUUCGUAUGCUUGUCUGUACAUCAGUCUUGUCCUCCUGAUUCUGAUUAUUAAAAAUUAAUCUACU